UUGUGUAUUCUGUUCUGUUCGUAUUAUUGUGAUGAUAGUGAGUGAGUAAUAGGAUAAGAGAAGACUUAGAGUAUUUGAAAUUCUAAAGAUUUCAUUUUAUAUUUUCGAAAAAUUGGCUUCCUGGAUAUUAUAUAUAAUUUUUUGAAUAUUGCAUACAAAUGGAGUCAAAUUUUGUCAUACCUCUGCCAGACAAAUAUGUUUCUAAAGAGCGAACAUUCUCAGUGAAUUUCACUUGUCAGAGAUGUUGCCAACCACUGAAAUUACAUUCUUCCUUUAGAGAUCUUGAUAGACAAGCUUUGUCUGAGCUCACUGCUCCUCCUUACCCAAAUGCAGAUAGAAAGGACAGAAUAGAUCUUAUUGAGACUUUCCGAAAUCGAUCUGAUGAAAGCAGUGUAAUGAGAAAGAUUGUUUUACCUAUUAAAUUUACUGAUGCUGGCAGUGAUUUUAUGGUUGUGGAUGACUUAUCCAACUUACCUUUUGAUAGUAACUAUCUUGGGAAAGUAACUACACAGCUGUUUGAUUUGAUGUCAAAUUAUUCUGAUGUUGAUCACCCUUUAUGUGAAGAAUGCACAGACAAUAUACUUGAUCAAAUGGAUCAGCAGCUGAGGAUUGCCGAGGAAGAAGUUAAAGAGUAUCGAGAUUUCCAGGAACAACUUGAAAUGGAAGAUGAAGAAGAGGAUUUAGAUAAAUUGAAAUCUGAUUUAUUAAAAUAUCAAGAAACUGAAGCACAUCUUCAGGAGGAAUUGUCUCAGAUGGAAGUCAAGCAGGGUGAAAUGAAAGAGAUGCUUAGGACUUUGGAGAAUGAGUGUGAGAUUUUGCAAAGGGAGGAGGACAAGAGGUGGCAAGAAUAUUGCCGAAUCCAACGUCAGGUUUUAUUGUCUGAGGAUAAUCUCCACAGUGUUGAAAAUCAAAUAAUGUAUACUCAAGGUCAGUUAGACAAAUUGAGUAAAACAAAUGUGUUUAAUGCCACCUUCCAUAUUUGGCACAGUGGUCAUUUUGGCACAAUCAAUGGAUUUCGUCUUGGGCGAUUACCAAAUAUUCCUGUAGAGUGGGCCGAAAUCAAUGCUGCAUGGGGCCAAACGGUUCUGUUACUGCAUUCGUUAGCAAAAAAAAUAAAUCUCACAUUCAAAAAAUAUCGCUUAGUUCCAAUGGGAAAUCAUUCUUUAAUUGAAUCCAUAGAAGGUAAUAAAGUACAACAGUUGCCUCUGUAUUGUUGUGGUGGAAUAAGAUAUGUUUUGGACAAUAGGUUUGACCAAGCUAUGGUAGGAUUCUUAGAUUGUUUGCAACAAUUUAAAGAGACAGUUGAACAAGGUGAUGCUUCAUUUCAUUUGCCAUAUCGAAUGGAGAAAGGUAGAAUAAUUGAUAAAAGAACUGAAAAAUAUUAUUCAAUUAAAGUCCAAUUGAAUUCCGAAGAACAGUGGACAAAAGCACUUAAAUUUAUGCUAACUAAUUUAAAAUGGGCUCUUGCUUGGGUUUCUACUCAGUUUCAAAGCAAUACUUCUAGUGCAGUUGAUGCUCCACCUCCAUAUGAAGAAGUUCCAUCAUCAUAGCAAAUAAAUAAUUAUUGUUGUACUCAAAUUCAAGAUAUGUUAAAAGAUGAACAAUUAUAAAUAUAUUGUAUAGUAAGAAGUUCAAUUUCUUUUGUUUCUAAAUUAAAUCAAAUUAUUUUUACAUGAACUGAAAUAUGUCCUAUUAAAUUAUUUUAUUCAUGUAGGAGUGAAAUUUUAUUUUUGUAAAUAAGUUUGUGAAAAAAAACUGCUGCUCUUGUUAGAAAAUAAUACUUGAAUUACUUCAUGUAAUUUAUUUCAUUUAAAGUUGACUCUGUUGAAUAAUUGUUGUGUGAACAAGUGUAAUAAAUUAUUCUUAAUAAAUUAAAUGGUUUGUU